GUUUCCAUUCUUCAUUCAGCAUCUCUUCUGCCUCUCGUUUUCUCUUAUACACACCGAACCAGUUCCAUCAAAAAUCCGUCUGGACUUUCAGCUCUAGUUUUACACUGUUAGUCCAGUUUGUGUGGGUGCUUAUUGUGUCCUUUUGUGGCGGAAUUGUGAGGAGAAGCGAGGAUAGCAGCGAUACUUGGGCGUAGCUGCUGAGAGGAAACAGCCGUUAAGCUUCGGGUUCCUCACUGUGUUUAUCUGAGAGUGUUUGAGAGUCUAAUACUCUCAAUUCUUCUUUGUGGAGUCGGACCACCAGGACUGAGACGAGAUGAAACCAGACGGGGUUGACGCGGCAACCAUGGAGCCAAUGGUGGCCCUCGACGCAGAUCCUGCGGUCCAAGUUGCCCCUGUGGACGAGGGCCAGGAGCAGGCUCUUCUGGCUUCACAAACAGAGGAGCCUCAACCAACCGAGACGCCUGCCGCCGCCACGAAGACCAACAAGGACAAGCCGGCAGACUCCAAAGCAAAGACGAAGGGCGUCACCAAAACAAAGACUCCCACAAAGACGUCCACAGCCGGCCCUCGACCCAGCGCCGCUCAGAGCCGCCUGACAAACGGAGUACAGAAAUCACAAACCAACGGCGUCGCCAAGAAGACGAGUGCAGCGCCCGAGAAGAAGACGACGACCACGACCGCCAGAAAGCCAGCGGCUGCUCCUGUUACCACCAAGCCCGCACCCAAACCCACAGAAAGGAAGCCUGUCGGGGCAGCACGGCCGUCCACUGCUCCUGUUAACGGAACGAAGACCACGACCACCGGCACUGCACAGCCAGCGAAAAAGACCCCUGCUGCACCCGUCAGUGGGGAGAAAGCCAAACCCAAAACUGCUGCUUCAGCUACUAGACCCGCCUCUGCAGCCACCACCAAGCCCAGCACGACUCCCAAAACUGAUAAGCCGCCUGUCUCCAAGACAACCAGGCCUGCAACAAGUACCACGUCUCGCCCGGCCACCGCUGCACCCAAGCCAGCUGCUUCAACCACAUCCAAGACAUUGACACCUGUAUCAAAGACCACUUCUUCUACAGCAAAAACGACUGCCUCCACAGCCAAGCCGUCACCUGCUAAAACUACAGCUCCGUCUGCUGUCCGCACUUCAACCCAGUCCACAAAAAGCCCUGCACCCAUCAAGAAAGAUGCAAGCAAGCCAGUUACACCAGCAGCCAAAAAGUCAACUGCCUCCUCUGUCACCCGCCCUGCUUCAACUAAAAACGGCAAGGCUGAUACCCCAACCAAACCUGAGUCUGCUGCCAAAAAAUCUGCAACCCCCAGCAAACCAGCAGCGGAUGCCAAAACCAGUAAGCCUAAAGACAGCAAGCCAACUCCUUCAAAAGAGGUCAGUGCCAGCCCCAAAACAAAGACCAGCACAGCCAAGACCACCAGCCCUAAGAAAGCAGUGGGUAGCAGCACUCCCAUGCCUGUUAAACGUGGACCCAAAGCUGCACAGCUAGCUGAACCUGCACCACCAGAGAGUGAGAAGAAGGAUGUAGCCUCAGUUGAAGCCUCUAAUGCUGCUCCAGCUGAUGUUAUGGCUGCUGUGGCUGUCGCUGCUGUUACUGCUGCCUCAGCUGCUGGUGUUUUGGCUGCAGCCGACGAGUCUGAAGUCCACACUGAACCAGAGGCUGAACCUCUUCCUGAACAAAAGCCUGAAGUUGUGCCUGAACUCUCACAUGAAGCUGAGUUUGAACUUCUGCCUAAAACUGACUCUGAACCUCUGCCUGAAUCAAAGUCUCCACUUGCAUCUGAACCCAUUACAGAAAUUCCACUUAAACCUGACACAGACAGUAAAUUUGAGCUUGAAACCAUGGCUGAACCUUCCUCAGACGCCAAUUCAGAAAUCCCAUUGGUAGUAAAGUGUGAAUUUGACUUUCAAACUAACCCUGAAUUCCUUCUUGAAUCAGAACCUGCGCCUGAACCCAAGUCUGAAGUCCUGUUUGAAGCUGAGACUGAACUUGCUCCAGAACCCAAGUCUGAGGUUCUAAUUGAAACUGUUUCUGAACCUGCUCCAGAACCCAAAUCUGAAGUCCUGGUUGAGACUGAAUCUAAACUUGCUCCAGAACCCGAAGCCGAAGUCCAGUUUGGAACUGAGUCUGAACUUGUCCCAGAACCCAAGUCUGAAGUCCAGUUUAAAACUGAGUCUGAAUUUGUCCCAGAAACCAAGUCUGAAGUCCAGUUUGAAACUGAGUCUGAACUUGUCCCAGAACCCAAGUAUGAAGUCCAGUUUAAAACUGAGUCUGAAUUUGUCCCAGAAACCAAGUCUGAAGUCCAGUUUAAAACUGAGUCUGAAUUUGUCCCAGAACCCAAGUAUGAAGUCCAGUUUGAAACCGAGUCUGAACUAGUCCCAGAACCCAAGUCUGAACUCCAGUUUGAAACUGAGUCUGAACUUGUCCCAGAACACAAAUACGAUGUCCUGUUUGAUACUGAGUCUAAACUUGCCCCAGAACAGAGGUCUAAAGUUCUGUACGAUACUGAGUCUGAACCUGUCCUAGAACCCAAGUCUGAACCUGAGUCCGAAAAUGCUCUUCAAUCAAAAUCUGAAGUACUUUUUGAGACUGAGUCUGAACUUGCUCCAGAACCCAAGUCUGAACUCCAGUUUGAAACUGAGUCUGAAUUUGUCCAAGAACACAAGUCUGAUGUCCAGUUUGAAACUGAGUCUGAAUUUGUCCAAGAACACAAGUCUGAUGUCCAGUUUGAAAUUGAGUCUGAAUUUGCUCCAGAACACAAGUCUGAUGUCCAGUUUGAGUCCGAACUUGUGGCAGAAUCCAAGUCUGAUCUCCUACUGGAGCCUGAAAUUGCCCCUGAACCCAACACUAAAUCAUUUAUUACUGCUGCAGCUCAGGAAAUGGAAGAUGAUGCUGCAUAUAUCCCAGAAGAUACAGAGGAGGAAACAAUUAAAGAUUCUCAAGUAGACAAGGUCAGUUUCGAGCCCCUAAGUGCUCCUUCUUCUCUGGGCACAACAAUCAUGUCACCACCAUCCUCUCCCACUGGAGAUGUACCAAUUUCUGUACCCACUUUGGUGGAACCCCAGAUCUGUGCUUCAGCAAUGGACAUGCAUGAUGGCAGUACAAAUAAUAAUCUGCAGCAGGAAGAGGUCAGUCAUCAGGAGGAUCCACUAAUGGCUGCAGAGUCUACAGAAGAGGAGACACUGGAUGUAGAAAAACCUUUUGAUCUGGCAGUUGAACCUGAACUGUUAAGUACCUCACCUAUGGAGAGGUUCAGCACAGUGUCACCAGUUUCACCCAGCAUGGAGAAGGAGGAGGCAGUUGAAAAGGCGGAAGAAGAGAUUAAUGAAGAUGAUGAGGAGGAUGAUGAUGAGGAGAAGGAACAACAGGAGAGCGAAUAUGUGAAGACUAUGUCUGAGAUGCAGAAAGUAGAAGAGGUAAAGGUCGGAUUCUCAGGAUUUGGUACAGACAGUUGGGGCAUGAUGCAUUCUGAUGAUGCUGACAGUAGUAUUCAGCAGGAGAAACCAGAAGCAAGCUCACCAUGUCGAAUGGAGAGUCAUCAUAGGGAAGAUGAGGAUGACCUCUCUCAAAAGAAAGUGGAAAUCGAACAGCCAUUUAUGGGCCCACCUGGGGUCAAAUCUUUUUCUGAUGAAGAUGAAGAGGAGGAGGAAGAUUAUCAAGAGAAGGAGCAAGAUGAGCAAGACAUGGACAUUGGUCCAGAGCAUGUUGACAAACACCGCAUAGAUUUUGGCCAUGAGCAAGAUAGUGGCCACCACUUGGAUGCUCAAUAUCACCCUCAGUCCCAAGAGGAGGAGGAGCAUGAAGACGAAGAUGUUGAGAUGGUCAGUGAGGCUCCCAUGGAAAGUGGGAUCACAACUGCUGAAAAUGUUGACGAUGAUUACUAUGAUGAAGGUUAUCCGGACAAUUUGAACAGCACCGCUCCUGCCCCCUCUAUGCCGAUGACUGCAGCCUGGGGUCCAUCCAACCCCUUUGUGGACACUUGGGCUCAACCUGCCUCCAUCAAUAUGUCAGCCAGCCUUUUAGACACUGAGACAGCUGAACCUGAGGUCCCCAAAAAGUCCCCUGCUGAAGCCUGGCUGGAGCAGCCUUUAGGUCAUUUGACUGAACCACAAUUCGAAACUCGAGAAGAGACAGAGAGCUCCGUCCCAGUGGACCCAGCCAACCUGUGUGUACCUGCUAUAGGCAUGUCUCAGUCAAGUACCCUGAGUGGAACAGCUCUGCCAGCCCACAGCAGCAGCGAGACCAGCACACCCGAGGAGCUGCGAGACUACGACAGCAGCUCAGGUGUCGAGUCACGCUCAGAAAAGCAACAUACACCCGUACCCACAGCCCAACCUGACCAAGAACAGGACCUGGGAAUUCACCUGGAGCGAGGGGACGGUGAGGAGGAGGAGGCAGAGACACUCCCAGCAGACGACGUCUUAGGUGAUGCCCCAACUGCACCAGCAUCUGUUCCGUCCUCACCCUCUACUUCUGCUGAUGAGGCAAGUGAUACUGAAGGAGAAAUGCAGAUAAACGACCCUGAUGCUCCAGCUGACGACACUGUAGCUUUUGACAGCCCCACCGCUGCCCGAAACCUCCCUGCUUUGGAGGAAGAUGAGGAGGCUGCAGACAUGCAGGCGGGCGAGGAAGACGGUGGCACGCCACAAUCCGCCAAUUCCGUCGCCUCCUACGGAUUUGACUGUUCGGUUUCCAACUCCAACGCCCAUUCUACGGCAGACAGCUGCGGUAAGAGCCCUGGCAUCUUUUCCUUGGAGAAUGAAGACCAGCUUCCGGAAGAAGCCAAGGAUCCCUCACUCAUCAAGGAGCUGACCUUGCCGGCUGCAAUCACUCAUCCUGAAGAUCUGCUGGGUUAUCCUGUAGACCUGCAUCCUUUCAACCAAAAGGAAGAACCCCACAGCAAUCUGGAUGACCAAUACCUGCUACAGACAGGAGCCAGCGCCGACGCAGAGUCUGAUCCAGAGUCACCCAUGCAUCUCUCGCCCCAGCACGACAGCGGCAUCGACGGCCAGCCACCUUAUUACUCCACAAUAUGUGAUAAAACUGAUAGCUUUCUAGCAGGUAACGUAUAAAGUGUUCCUUGGAAUGCACCUUUCCACCACCCCUUUCCAAAGUAUGCCCCUCUAUCUUCCUUUUUUGUCAUUGGUUUUUUGUACGAGUCUAAGCGUAGAAAACAGGGAGAUAAGUGCUUUUGGAGUAAAAUCGGGAUGUCAGGGGUUGGACUGUAGCUUAAUCAGUGCUGCUUCUUCUUUCUUUACCACUAUUAUAGACAUGGAUACAACUGUAUGGCUUCAUUUUCUUGUAUGUAUGAUAGCUAUUGUCGUUUUCUAUUAGAAUGUACUAUUAAAUAACACUGUGCACUACAGCACCCCUGAACGUGGAUUGAUAGACUGAGAUGUUGUAAAGUCCUUUAACAAAAAAGGAAAACACACAGAUAAAAAAAAGGAAGAAAAAGGAUGGACGUUCUGUAUGUUUGUAUUUAUCCUUCUGUUUUUACCGAACAAAUGGUAAAUGAUUUUUUUUAUACUUGUUUAUUGUUUUAUCGUUUGUUUUUGUUAAGUUCCCUGUCUUACCUACUAUUUGUUCUCUUGCACUGUAGAGUUAGCCUUAAACCUUUUAAAACGUGUUCCUGUGUCAAGAACUAACUGUUUUAGCACUAACUAAAGUUAGAUAAUCUUCCAAAGGCUUUGCACUUUGGAGCUUCAACGUAGGGCAGUAUCGGAAUGUUAGAUGGGAGACGACGUUUCAUUUUUACACAUUUUCUUAAUACUCCAUGUUUUCUUGAAGGAUAAUUUAUCAUGGUGAGUAACGUGACACAUUGUAAGUACCCGAGUACUUACCUGAUGGUGUUAUUUGCAUUAGUUGAACUGUUUUUUUGGCUCAAUCAUUGAAUUUAGAAAAAAAAACAAAAAAAAAACAAGAUAAGGUUCCUCCACAAUAAAAAAGACACUUGAAAGUGGGUGGGGUUCGGACAAUUUCACUGGAAAUUGCAUGUGCAACUAAUUACAUGACUGUAAUGCUAUUCAAUACUUAUUAUGUCAAGAUGAUAGAAAAAACAAAUACGGUUCACACUAAUUAAAAGCCUUUUCAAAAUUGCAUUAAACAAAAUUUCAAGGCCA